CUGAACUGGCCAGGACAAUCAGAAUGGCGGGUUCCUUUUGGAUAUUACAUUUAUGUUUCUUUACCUUCUCUCUCCAUCAGUCAGAGCAGUCAGAAAUUCCAUGUAUCAAAGGAAAAAAAUGUAAUUAGUUAUACCUUUUAGAAGGAAACAACACUUUCUUCCACUACUCCAACAGAUUAUCAGGCUUGCUGGCUCCACUAUAAUGCAGCAUGCGUUUUGGAGCCAAUAUAUGGCUGGUACUCCAUGUAACUCCCAACCCUGUCUGAACAAUGGAAUAUGCCAGGAUAACAUCCGAAGCUACAUUUGCAGCUGCCCCGAAGGAUAUGAGGGAACAAAUUGCGAAUAUGCUAAAAAUGAAUGUCAUCCCAAGAGGAAUAAAGGAUGUGACCACUUUUGUCGUCCAGGGCAGGAAUUUUAUAUGUGCAGUUGUGCAAAGGGUUAUAAACUUGGAAAAGAUCACAGAUCAUGUAGUCCAAAUGAGAAGUGUGCAUGUGGACUCCUCAGUUCUAAAAGUAAUGUGACAUUGAAGGAUGACAAGCUGACUCUCCAAAAUUUUCCAUGGCAGGUGAAAUUAACAGAUUCACAAGGAAAGGACUUCUGUGGUGGUGUUAUAGUACAGGAAAAUUUUGUGUUGACUACAGCAAAAUGUUCACUCCUACAUGGAAACAUCAGUGUGAAGCUAAGUGAAGAUAGUGUACCAGGAGUCCCACUGGUGAUAAAAAUAAAGAACAAGUAUGUGCACAUGAGGUAUGACCAAGAAAUGGGGCAGAACAACCUAGCACUGCUAGAGCUUAAUGAGCCCAUUCAAUGUCAUAGCAAUGGACUUCCCAUCUGUAUCCCUGAAAAGGAUUUUGCAGAACACAUUUUAAUUCCAGAGAAAAUGAGUGUUGUUAGCGGCUGGACAUUCAACGGAACAGAACUGGGUGAUUCGCUGAUUGACUUUCCCAGUGUAUACUUUGAUAAUGAGUUAUGUGAAGAAACACUCAAUGUGACAGUUACAACAAGGCUAUUUUGUGAGAAAAGCAAGGCAUCAGUGGACUGGCAAUUGGUAGAGGGAAGUGUUGUCAUGGCUGAACACAAAGGGACUUGGUUUUUGAUUGGUAUUAUGGUUUCUCUACCAACUGAAAAGCUGGGACCACUAUAUCUUUUCACCAAGAUUUCAAGAUAUUCAAUGUGGUUUGAACAAAUAAUGCAAUAAUGGAAAAGCAACUAAACAGAAAGAAUAAACUAUAAGGAAAGUGCCCAA